UCUUAUGCAAAAAAAGGCAAAAUGCCAGUUACAGAUUACAAUUUCCUGGGUGGAUUCCAAGCCACCAUGUGACCAUACAGGUUCUGUGACAGGAGAGGAAUCUCACUCUCUUAUAUUCUUCACUACAAGAGUAAAGUAUGAAUCAGUCCUAUAGAUGGAUAAUCAAGAGCUUUUAAGAGCAGAUUUGAAAUUUUGUUAUUGAUAAUUUAAGAUAUGUAUUGGCUUUUAGCAGGAGGAAUACUUUGUUGCAUCCAUGCAUCAUACUCAGCUAUGCUCUCCUUCAGAGCCUUGUAUAUUGUUGGCCUAAACAGCACUGAGUUCCCAAACUUAACCCUUUGGGAGAUGGUAGAUGAGCUGGAACUGUAUCACUAUGACAGCAAUAAUAUGUCAUUUAUAUCACAGUAUGAGUGGUUAAAAAAUAUUGAAGAUCAGCAAUUCUGGACAUUUCAGAAUAAUCUCUUAUAUUAUCUGAAGGAUCUUAGCAACAAUGCUAUCAAAACUGUAAUGGGACUUUUCAACCAAACAUCUGGUGUUCAUUUUCUUCAAGGGAUGGCUGGAUGUGAUAUAAAUGGAAGCUCAUUUGCUGUUUUAGGAUAUGAUGGGAAUGACUUGCUCUUAUUUAAUACAACCUCACUGAAAUGUACUGCUGCUGAACAGGAAGUAAACGUUCUUGAAGAUAUUUGUAACAUUCCACUUAUUUCUGUACAAUUUUGGAAGCAGUCUGUUUUGGAUGGUUACAGCAGAUUACUAUCUUUGGGGCAGAAACACUGAAUAAGCAA